CGCCCGAAAACGCUUCGGAAAAAGGCAUCGGGGGCAGCGCGCGUUCGUGUCGCCCAUUGUUAUCCUCGUCGCGUGUAAUGGCUACCGUAGAGUUUGUUGACGGUGCUCGGUCUGUUUCUUCGCGCAUCGGCCUAUCCUGAGCCACGGUACACGACGACGUGGACGAACACGAGGGAAAUAAAAGGGAGAAGUGCUGAACGCCGAGGUACCGCCAAUUUUAUGCAACCGAGAAACCCGCGCUUCGUAUACCAGUCGCCGCAGCCGCCACCGCGCUUGGACGACAUGAUCUGCGCGGGUCAACGCUGCUCGUUGACAAGCGUGUAACUGAAAACUGAUUUCGCGGCAUCGACGAAAAGUAAGAUCGCAGCGGCUUUGUGAUUAGUGUUAAUUUUAGCGGGAUCUAAGAUAUUAAGAAGGUGCAACAAAGCACUAAAUCGAUCGCCAUUGAUUUUCUACCGCGACCACGGCCCAACCGACACGAGGAACUUGUUCUCGGAUGUUGUAUAGGACGAAAUACUUAAAUCAGUUAUUAAGGUAUCACGAUCGUCAGGAAUAGUGUGACCAGUUGCGCGGUAUUCCGCGCCGGAAUCAUGGCAACUAAAAGAUCAUCCGUUUGGCACCCAGACAUGUAACCCGCGGCGCCCGUGUAGACUAUCACAUGGAGGGAGAAUGCUUCACGCUUAUCUAGAUGUAUCGGACUCGGUCGUAUUUCUGUGUAACGAAUGCCUACUGAUUGUGCAGGGUCAAAGGCAACACAUCAAUGGCCCUAGAAUCAAAUGGCAACAACGUGGUGUGGUUGAACACAACCCGUCCUGAUCAAAUACAACAGAGCCAACCAAUUGAGCAGCCAGUGAAGUGUUCCAUGUUUACUCAAACCGAGCAAACCAAUAGUUUUACUCAAACGGAGCAGAGCAAUUCAAGCUACGGCGAUCAGAGACAGCAGCAAGCAGCCAUGUUUGACCCGCAACAAAUACAGCAGCAACAAGCUGCUCAGGGUCAACAAUCACAGCAGCAGCAGUCUCAGCAAAUGUAUGUCACAACAGACAAGAAAGAGGACAAAUCUCAGCAGCAAUCAGCAACUGCAGAGUUCCCUUUCUAUUACAAUGUCAACAUGCUCCAGAAGGUUCAAACAAACGCGGUGAGCACGAUCGGUGCGAUCACAACCGACGACAAGGGUUGUUAUCGCUUUGAUGUGCAACCUGUCGGUUAUAACACAUUAUUGAAUCAGAUGAGUAUUGCGGCUGCCACCAAUGCGACCUUCAAAUGUGACAUUUGUGGUUUGGUCUUUGGGCACAUGAGCUUGCUGAAUCAUCAUAAACGGAUUCAUAAUACAACACCUAGUAAUCUUCAGCAACAACCGCAACAAGUUGUUGUACAAGCACCUACAACAGUUACUGUUGCAACAACACCAGAAAGACCGUAUACCUGUGAUGUGUGUGGAGCAUGCUUUGCAUUACCAGGAGAAUUGAAGAGCCAUAAGACAAAUAUGCAUCAGAAACCAAAGGUGCAAAUUUGUGAAGAUUGUGGUAGCGAGGACCCCUGUGAACAUCAUCCUACUAAAAUUAAAAAGACUAUCAAACCCGGUCAUCAUCCUGUGAAACGAAGGGGUGUUACCAGUGUUACUAAAUGUCAUAAGUGUAAUGGCACAGGAAUCAUUUUUAUUGGCGGUAAACAGAACAGUCAAAACCAGGCAGAAAAACCGUUUCAUUGCAACGUCUGUGAUGGAACAUUCUCCAGAUAUUCGUCGCUUUGGUCCCACAAAAGACUUCAUUCUGGAGACAAACCUUUCAAAUGUGAAGUUUGUGGUUUAGCUUUUGCAAAAGCUGCUUAUCUAAAAAAUCAUGGACGGGUGCAUACCGGUGAGAAGCCGUUUAAAUGCGGUGUAUGUGGUAUGCAAUUUUCGCAAAGUCCUCAUUUAAAAAAUCACGAGAGAAUUCAUUCUGGUGAACGUCCGUAUCAGUGUGAAGUGUGUGAAAAAACAUUUGCUAGACAUUCAACCCUUUGGAAUCAUAGAAGAAUUCACACCGGUGAAAAACCUUAUAGAUGUAAUAUAUGUGGUUCGGCCUUUAAUCAAGCUACACAUCUGAAAAAUCAUGCGAAAGUCCAUACUGGUGAAAAGCCGCACAGAUGUGAUAUAUGCGAGAUCGGAUUUUCCGAUCGUUUUGCAUUAAAGCGUCAUCGUGCAAUCCACGAAAAGUACGGGCAAACGGCCCGGAAUCAGAAUGCAAAUAAUCCGAGUAACGCACAGCAAGCGAACGCGAGUAAUCAACAACAGCAGCAACAGCAACAGCAGCAGCAGCCCCAACAAGCACAGCAGGGUCAACAGGUUGUCGUGGUGAACACCACGACUCCUGUUACCGUCAGCCAAGGGCAAGGGCAAGCGGUAAUGCUCGAAGAAGUCUACAAGUGUCAGGUGACCUUCCCAGAGCCUAAAUGAUUCAGCUAGAGAAUACCUUUCAGGAGCUGGUAAAGGGGUUAAUUUUUUAACCCUUUUAAGAGGAAAAAAGAUACGCUAAUUAACAAUUGAGAAUGCGAUACACGUGCGUGGAAACGUUAUAAAUGUUGUUAAGAGAGACGUGGACAACAUUUCAGCAAGAGACAAGAUUCCAGAGUGAUUGGCAGCACGCUUUCCGUGCAGAUUCGGAUUCUGUGGGAGGAUAUUUGGUGACAGUCGGAUAUAAACGCAUUGGAAUAAUAAUGAAAUGAAUAUAUCAAAAUGGGGGAAAAAGAUAACAGAGACUCGGCGAUAUUUUACGCGAGUGAGUAAUUUUCAUAUUAAAAAGAAAAACGUGACUCGGAAGAGUACGGCUCGUAAAAAAAUCGAAACGCUCUCCCGACCACGGUUAAGUAGUCAAGAAAAGUCUUUUGUGAAUGAAUACGGAAACGAGAUACGAAAGGAUGGAAAAAGGAACUAAUAAUAACAAAUCUACUUUAUAUUUUCUCACUCGAGAUAAGCGCAUUAACUAGAAAUAUUUGACAUCAGGUUGAAUAACAAUUUCGUUCGUUCCGACGGUAUUGUAGUUACUUUCCAAUUCAUUUACAAAAAUUGAAUUGCAGAUAUUAGAUUUUUUUUUUUUGUUUCUUUUAUCUUGUAUUUACGUGGCUCGUCCGCCCCUCGCUCUACACGGAAUUUAAUAAAAGAAAAUUUAUUGUAGUAAACGUAUUAUAUCGAGGUUUCAUGACUCAUUGAACGAUAAUAUGUGAUAGCUUUGACUAAAUCUUGGCUAGGCAGGAAGCGCGGUAACCUGAUCGCUUUGAUACUGGCAAUUUGUGCGUGCUGUGCAUAUUUACCAGCUGCAUGGCAAAUGUUUUCAAGCGAAAUCGAUACGCAAACGGCAAAUAAUAAUGUGCCUGAAGGAAUAUGAAAAUCAUUCGUUUGAAAACGCCUGAACCUCGGCCCUUUCUAAUAAUUUAAGUAGAGAAAAAGGAAAAAAAAAGAACACAAUGACGAGACAGUAAUGGAAUGGAAUAUUGUUUUGAUAUAGCGAAUAAUUGAUUUGCCCGUCUUCUGUGUCCUUUUUAUAUUCAUUGAAAUUAAUCAUCGAAUUUACCCAAUGGGAAAGAAGAAAAACGAAAAAAAGAAAAAUACAGAUCAUUAUAAAUAAAAGAAACUAUCAUCUUUAUACGCGCGUCUCUACGUUGAAACGGAAGUCGUGGUGCGGAUAUCGCAGAUUUGAGCGAGCCCUCUUCCGUCCAGUCAUUCGGGAUCACAAUAAAAAGAAUUGCGUUUAUUGCAAUGACAACGACCACGAUUAAAAGAAAAAAAAAAAGAAAAAGAAAAAAUGACGGCAGGAGUAUAUCGCCACGCGAGGAAGAAUUUCUAUCUCACUUGGAGCUGCAAUAAUAGUAGUGAAUAUCGACCGGCAGACUAAUCUGUUUUAUAAUUUUAAGGCCGUGAACUAUAAUGGAUAUCAGUUACUAAAAAAAAAAAAAAUAGUUGCUAGUUUGUAAACGGCAAAUAGCUGGCUAGAUUAUCUUAUACGAUAUAUACAUAUUAAUUUUUAUAUCCCCACUUGUUAAGAGCGAUGGCACCAACAACUUGUGUCGCUGUGGAACUCUUGAAUUAUAACAAUGAAUCAAGAAACGAUUCGAUUUGUAAUUAAAUCAAGUAAAGAAGAAAAAAAAUAAUAAUAAUAAAAUCGACGAUGCCACUGUAUCCGACUGGUCGGUUAAUUCGUGGUAUCGACGAUGAUCAAGGAUGCAUUCGCGCCAUUUGAAGAAUGAUAUAUAUAAAAUAAAAAAAAAAAAAAAAGAAGCGCUGUUCCUCGGACAUCUUCGUCGACUGUAUCGUUUUCCGCGAUUAAACUUUUUUUAAUCUAAAAUUAUCCAGCAAUUUCUGAUUGCUUUUUCAAUGAAACUUUAUACACACAUACACACACUUCACAUACAUACCCUCUCUCCCUGUUUUAUUUUUCUAUCUCGGAUGAAAUUUAAUAAUCUAAAUCGCGAAUUUAUAGGAUUGUUUUAGUAUUUUGUACAGCUUAUUGUCUGCAAACUGUUUUUGUACCAGAGAAGGAGAAAAAGAAAUAAACAACCGUGAAACAAGGGAGACAGGCAGAAUGGCUCGAUGAUGUCCCGGAUCAAUCUUUUAUACAGUGUAUAAUUGCUGAUCGAUCGCGAAGUAUUAAAGAAAAAUAAUAAUAAUGAUUAUUAUUAUUAUUAUUAUUAUUAUUAAUGCCAUCGAAAAACGCGUGAUCACAAAGUGAUCGACCCUCUGCAGAUUAUUAUUUGAUCAGUUCUUCAAAGUCUCUCUUUCUUUCUCUUCUUUUUUCUUUGCAAGAAAUCUGGGAUUGGGGAUUACUUUGUUUUUAUCGCUACAACAUGUAAAAUAAAGAUAAUACUGUUACGUUUAAUUUACUUUUAAUAUGGUCAUAAUACCUGCUACAGUAUUUUUGAUUAGAUUAGAGACUUUUUCUUCGGUGUUAUCCCCGAUAAUAAUUAAUCUUUCUUGUAUUCAUCGUUUCGAAAUCAAAGGUUCAAAGUGUUUUGUAGUGAAAGAAAAAUUGUUUUUUCUUUUUUCCAAGACUGAGGUGCCGCGUAGAUAUAUAAUAUUAUAUUUCUUCUUAGAGCACCUUCUCGUCUCGGCUUGCCAGUGCAAUCAUUUCCUUGGAUUAAAGAACGUAAUCGUUUAUCGUAAAUACUCGAAACACUUGAAUAAUUACGUUGUUUUCAUCAGCCCUUUAUUUUUUCUUUUUUAAAUAGAGGAGAAUUUUGUAAAUAUUAAUUAUACGACGUCCCCCAGAUCGAAGAGGAGGGCUCUAAUCGUGAGGUGUUUUUUUUUUACGAAACGACUCACUUUUGUUCGAUCAAUGUGAACGAAAGCACGAAAACAGUUUUCCGAAUCACGUAUUGUUCAAAUAUAUACAUAAUGCACGCUGCUCAAAACAAUAAUGGUAUCGUUAAGUUCAAACGACCUCGAUAAAAUAUGCUGUACAAUUUAAAUACUCAGGAAAAUUAUUGUUAAGUAGAAAUACAAUUGGCUGGCUAAAGUAUUCGAACGAUAUUACGUUUUAUGCUUUAAUUGUACACACGAAUUAUACAUAUAGAAUAGGGUAUGUAAUUUACAAGGAAUAUGUGCUUAUGUAAAAUAUGAAAUGAAAUUUAAAUUCUCAGGUAAGUGUAAACCUGUGUAAAAUUUCCUUUCCAACGUUACAACGAUGUUUAAUUUAAUUAAUGUACCAAGCAUGCUAUUACUAUGUAAUUUACAUACAGUUUUAAUUUCUAUGCUAAUACCGUUCGAAUACUUUGGCGAACCUCUGUAUGGUACGCCGUUCGUUCGAUAUCUGAAUUUUAAUUCAUUUUCCAGAAUUGUUCAGACCUCGUUUAAAGAGCCCGUUAAUUGUUUUGAGCGAACGGAACGUUCUGUUUGAAAUUUUUUCAAUUAGAUUGUGUGUAUGAAAAACCCAAUGAGCCCUUUCUUUUCGAGAGUGUAACUCGCUUUUAUAUAAUUGUACCUACGUUAAGAGACCUACCGAUCGUAGGUCGACGGGGAUUGUAAGUACGAAGUCCUAGAUAAAUAAGUAAUUUUAGGAAUUUCGCGUCGUUGAAAUUGUCGAAGGAGAUACGGGGCCGUUUCGCGAUACAAUUUUCGGAAUUUUGUAAUACGUGCAGUGCCAUUUUUAUCGACAAACCUUUUCUUUAUUUGAUUCUUGAUUUUUCAAUAAAAGGGAGUUUCUCUUUCAACACUUUGGCCUUUACAUAAGUAGAAUACAAUUUGAAAAUUACUCGUUCACCCUCUGGUAAUUUUCUGAAAAUUACAAAAUGUGUUGAGUUUUGUUACACGGUUACGUGGCUCCUUGCAAUUUUCCCGCGUUCUUAGAUGAUAUUCAGCGAACAAAAAACAAAAAUUCGGAGCUUCCAUUUUAAUCAAAACGCCCGGAAGCGUCUUCUUCCUGAAGAGAAUCCCAUCGAAAUUGUAUAUAUAACAAAGCUCUCGCAAAUUCGCAAAUUAUGUUCAAAAGCAAAAACGAAUGAAAUCUUUCUUUCAUCCAGGAAUGUUAAGGGUCGAGGUUUCAGGGUCAAUUAACUCGACGUUCUUGUGUCGCCAAUUAAUAAGGAUACGACUCGUCGAUAAAAACGAUCAGUGUCCUUAAAACGUUCGACCCUUUUUUUUUUUUUUUUCCGAAUAAUUGACGGCUUAAUGAAUUUUGCCCGCGUCAUUCGCCGGAUGAUUAAUCCUUAUCAGGAUACGUCGAUAAAACCCCUAUUAUUUCGAACGAUUUAUCCUCGCAACAGUAUUUUAUAACAUUAAACGGCAAAAUCGACCGAUGCGACAUUCAGAUAAGGAUUAAUACGUUGACUGUCGCGCUAGAAACAGGAUCGUUAACAUUAAUUAUAAUGAUAUUUAGAAAUUUUCAUCGAUUUUCUAUCCUGAUCACCGGUGACACUCCCACUUUUUAGGUUUCGUUUAUUCUUAAAAAAUCAGCCAGACGACAGUCAACGUGUUUAUCGAUAUACGUAAGACUUUGUAUAAGCGUAUUGUAUAAGUCAAAACGUGUACAGACGAAGGAUGAUGAGGUUUUUUUGUACAAAAGCUUUCUUCGUUAUCUUGUCUUGUUUGCCUAUUAUUUUAAUUUCUUUUUGACAAACGAUGCUCGUCGUCUAGCCAACAGAAAGGGAACUAAAGAAGACAGGAAGGAAACGUACGAUUACGUGCAUCAUGUGUAAAAGUUUCUUCAUUGAAAAGAGGAGGAUGGAUAAAUAGAAGAGAAAUAUGCAGUCCUAUCGCGAUAUAGAUUAAUUUUUACAUAACACCAAGUUGUAUGGGCAAUAAAUGCUGAUCAUACGAAUUUUUGAUAAUAAAAGAAACACGUUCCUAUUAAAUUAUCUGUUCAUUGUCGUAUUGUUAAGUCUUUCAAUGAUGGGGAUCGAGCGAUUAGAAGAAAAAGAAAAAAAAAAGGAGAGGAUACAUCUUUGAGAUAGAUCGAAAUAGAGGAAGUGUCGAUUUCUUAUUUAUCAAAGAGAUGGUACAUGAGAAGAAUCGAAUGGCCUCUUUGUAAGAUAUAAGGAACAUUCUACUUGAAGAAGAAAAAAUUGGUAGGAAUCAAGAAGAUAGAAGAAUUUAAAAAGAAAAAUCUUGUAAUUUUCUAUCGCAACGACUGGAGAAGAAAAAAAGGAAAGGAACAUUGAUAAAAACGCGUAUAACGAUGUGAGACUGUAUAUUUAAUCUAAUAAUUUAUUUUCAGGGUAUCUAUUGAAAUAUUUUUUCAUUUGCCAUUGUAAAGAGAGAGAGAGAGAAAAAAAAGAAGAAGAAAGGAAAAAGUUUUUGGAAAUCUAUGCACUUUCUAAUAUUCUACUAGUACGAAUGUAAAGUUAUACAUACAAAUGUGUACGAUGAAGAAGAGGAAGAUGAAGAUGAAGAAGAAGAUAAUCAUUAUUUUCGUUCUUUCACGGGAGGAUUUCAACGAUUUUUCGUCGGUAUUCUCAUCGUCGUUGUAUCUGUGAGAAUGCCGAAAUCGUUGUUCCAAGAAUGUUGUAAAUUUUAAACGAUCUUGGUAUUUUCAUCGUUUGCCGUAUGAGAAUGCUGAAGAUCGUUCUACGGAAGAUGUAGUUAAAAAUGAAAAAGAAUUACUUUUAUCAUGUAACACGUGUUAUAUAGAAAAAAAAAGCGAAUUGUAUUACGGGAUGCGCUCUUUUAAAAUUAAGUUUCAAUCUUCCGUUUUCCUUUGGCUUCGACUUUCGCGUGUUUUUUACUCGACCCGAGAAUGUGGCAAAUCGAUGUUUUUUCUUUUUCUUUUUUCUUUAUGUUUGCAAAAGAAAGAAAAAAAGAAAAACGAUGCAAAUAGCGAUGGUGAAGCCACUGUGAAAGAACUUAUGAAAUGCGUGUAUACAAAGACACCGUUUUGUAUCAAGGGAAAAAAGAUUGUCACUUUAGAUUAGUCUGCUGUCAAUAUAACUAGAAUUAUAAUUUUGAAUGUAACAUGUAUCAUAUUAAUUAUUGCCUAGAUAAGGAAAUCGUACCGAUUAAAAGUUAGCGCACGAUUAUAUCAGACAUUAGGUAUAAUAAUAAAUGAUGUCCAUGGGACAUUUUCAUUUUUGAAGA